GGAGUUCUGCCCAACCAUCAAUCUUUCUCCCUUCGUACCGUCAACGCGCAGUGCGCAGUGCGGAUCUCAAAGCUUCAAAGCUCCAAGUUUGUCACGUUGAACUGUUCAGUUACUUCAGCAUGGCGUUUAGUAUGGCGUUCAGCACGGGGCUAGGGCCCGUCGCGGGAGGAUUGUUGGCCCUAAUCGGAACUGUAUUUGUCUAUUUUCUCACCAAACUAUGGGCUGCCCGAGCCUUCUUCGCCAAGCUACGAAAACAGGGUCUGCCAAUGCCAACACAUAGCCUUGUGACGGGCCAUCUUCUAGCUCUUGCAUCAAUCAUACCGUUAUACCCAAGGGAUGGCAUCAAGUUCUACCUAUUCGGUGAGAUAAGUCGACGGUUCUCCAAAGGCGGAGCCUGCUAUUUAGACUUAUGGCCGUUCUCUGAACCGUUCCUGGUCAUUACCUCACCUCAUCUGGCCAAUCAAGUUACAUCCACCCCUAUCGCAUUUGAGAAGCCCGAUGCGUUGCGCAAAUGGUUCUGGUCUAUCAGUGGGGGAAUCUCUCUCUUUGACGCCCCCGCUGAAAAGUGGAAGCCGCUCCGAGCUGCUUUCAAUCGAGGAUUCAGUGCUAAUCACCUGAUGACCCUGAUUCCGAAUAUGGUAGAAGAGACGCAAGUUUAUUGCGAGACUCUCCGCCAACAUGCCAAGAAGGGCGACAUGUUCUACUUGGAUCCCACCAACUUGCGUUUCAUGCUUGAUGUCAUUGGAAGAACCGCACUGAAUGUUCGCUUGGGUUGCCAGACGGGACGGAAUCCUUUGGCCGAUUCUCUCCUGAACCAGAUCUCAUGGAAAAUCUCUAAUCAGGAAAUCAACCCGCUCCAGUGGCUUAACUUUGUCCGUACAAUCGUGGAGUGGUAUAACGGCCGAAAGAUGGACGCUUAUAUCAACAAACAAAUCGACGAACGCUUCAAGGCUAACCAGCAACAACCGGACGACUCGGAUGGAAAAUUCGAGUCAAUCAUUGAUCUUGCGCUCCAAGAUUAUAUGGCAGACCCUUCCAGGGCUGCUACUAGGGAGCUGGACAAGGAUUUUAGAACGUUCGCCACGAGAAACAUUCGGGUGUUACUCUUCGCCGGCCAUGACUCAACUGGCAGCACCAUAUCGUACUGUUACUACCUUCUUUCCCAAAAUCCAGAAAAAUUGGCCCUUAUCCGCGCUGAACAUGAUAGCGUCUUCGGAACUGACUUGUCAAAGGCUGGUUCAGCAAUAUUCAAUGAUCCACAUCUUCUGAACAAACUCCCCUAUACCAACGCAGUGAUCAAGGAAGCAUUACGGCUUUUCCCUCCUGCGGCUAGCCUGCGCGAAGGAAUGGAUGGGGUGGAUCUCGUUGACGAAGAAGGAAAUCACUAUCCGACUGGAAACUGCUUGGUCUACAUUAUCCACAGUAUCAUGCAGCGAGACGCACGGAACUUCGUCCGGGCGAAGGAAUUCCUUCCCGAACGUUGGCUUGCCGAGCCGGGAGAUCCACUAUACCCGAAAGUCAAGGGAGCCUGGCGUCCAUUCGAGUACGGGCCUCGGAAUUGCAUCGGACAACUUCUGGUCAUGCUAGAAGUGAAGGCAGUACUGGCUCUGACGGUUCGAGAAUUCGAUAUCAAACCCGCGUAUGACGAAUGGGAUAAAUUGAAUCCGAAAAAGGGCCUCCGUACCGCGGAUGGAGAGCGAGCUUAUCAGAUCGAUGAGGGUGCUGCGCAUCCUGCGGAUCACUUUCCUUGUCGUGUGUUUUUGAGGACCGCAGAAUAGGUACCGCUCCAUAUACCUACUCACUCUUCUGUCACUUUAAUUAUAUUCUGUUCUCCUCCCUAGCGAACUUAUCUGCAGACUGCUUUAUAUCGAGGGAGGAAAGGCAGCGAAUGCUCGUAGAGACGAAGUUAAUUCCCCUGCGUGAUUCGCGACAUCGUAGAUUGGAAUAGUAAUAUCGAGCUGGCGAGUAAAGCAGCCCGAAUGGUCAUG